UAAUUAUUUGUCGUCCUCGUUCGAGACCUCCUCCAAAAUUUCCCCAAAACCUUCCUAUCCCUAGCAGACUUUGGAGAAGGGAGUGAAUUGAGGCUGGAAGUCCGAGACAAACACCUUGAAGACAUAGAAUUUCUCGCGAGGACUCGGUCUCCACGCCACCAGAGAGAAGCGGUGACUAAGCCGGAGGAGAGGUAUGUCGUCGACGCUACUUGAGGUAACCCGCGCGUCACACGAGGAGAUAGAGCGGCUCGAGCGGGUCAUCGUUAAGGAUCUCCAGACCGAGCCGGCCACCAAUAAGGACCGCCUCUACCAGAGCCACCGCGUUCGCAACGUUAUUGAGAGAAUCAUUGACACCACGCACAGACUUACACGCGAAUACCAUAGACGGAAUCUUGGUGCACGUGUUCUUGACACCAGUGAUGAGUAUGAACAACUUCUCAAGCAUGAACAACCAAUUACGUUUAGUGGGGAAGUGAGUGCUUUUACAAUUCUUGCAAUUAUUUGUGCAUGCAUUUGCAUUUGGAUGACUUGUGGCAGCACUUCAGUGCCCAAAUCCUUUAGAGAGUAAUAAUUUGCUAUACCAUUAUAGAUUUUAUAGUAGUAUUUGUUGUUCACAAAAAGAAAUAAUGAUUUAGAACAAGAUAGGAUUGUGAAGGAUCUAUACAGAAAAGCUUCUAUAAGAGAUUCCUGUUAUGGAUUUAUUACCAAAAUUUGCAGUAAAAAUGUAGGAGCAGCUGACACUGUCUAGGGAGUAAAGUUUUCAAAUUGGAAAAAGCAUUUAGUCAGAUUGAACUUAUGCCAAUUCUGAGAUUUUUGUUUGUUUGCAGUUGUAGUUAAGUUUUUAGCUUUCCCUAUGCAAGCUCCAUAGUCCACAGAGAGGGACCGAUUCAUAGAUGUAAGAAAUUACGAAUGACUUCUGUAAUGGGAGAAUGUGUGGAAUUUGGACCAACAAUCAAUCUGUUUUUUUAGGGAUUUGUGGAUUUAGAUAUUUAUUUUAAUUGCAUAACAAUAACACUUCUCAAAAUGGUCCUUGUCGCCAAGGGUCAGGCAUUGGAGAUUCCAGGUAUUGUUGCUGAAAGCUAUACCACGAAACCCAUGGAAUCUCUUCCUCCAAAACUCCUCUCCAUCAAGUUACACUUAAAUUAUCAAUUAGUUUUUCUUCCUACCAACCUGUGACUGCAGAAUAGUUUCUGAAACUUUUUCCAUGCUUAAUUUGAUGAGAACAUUACCCCCUAGCUCUUUUGUCCAGCA